GUCUGCCGGAAAUACAAACGAAGAAGAAAAUAUUACGCGUUUGUUUUACAACCAGCCUGUUCGGUUUUUCUCCUUCAGACCAGUCCAAGAAAUUACUUUUGUGCUAUUUGUUAAAAUGGGAUGUGACGGUGGAACUAUUCCUAAAAGGCAUGAGUUGGUAAAAGGCCCAAAGAAAGUUGAGAAGGUUGACAAAAAUGCAGAGCUUGCUGCCCGGUGGAAGUACUGUGCUCUCAGUACAGAGAAACUCCGGCGCCCUAUUGUUGCUUGUGAUCUGGGAAGACUCUAUAACAAAGAUGCUGUGAUUGAGUACCUUCUGGAUAAAUCUGCAGAUAGACCCAACAGCGAGGUUGCAUCACACCUUCGUGGCAUUAAGGAUAUAAAGGAGCUGAACCUGACUGACAACCCAGCCUGGGAGGGCGAGAGAAGGAACACCAAAGGGGACCGCUAUGAGGACAUGCACUGUGCCAUGUUCAUCUGUCCUGUGGUGGGCCUGGAGAUGAAUGGUAAACAUAGGUUCUGUUUCCUGCAGACCUGUGGCUGUGUGUUUUCAGACCGGGCCCUGAAAGAAGUCAAGACUGAGAUCUGCCACAAGGAAGUCUCAAGGUUUUGCUCGCCUGAGGUAGAGUACCUCAUGAUAAGCUGUAGACCACACCAACUACAGCAAGACCAAUUCAAGACCAAGACCGGAGAAAAUCGAGUCAAGACUGAGACCGGGACGGGGACAAGAGGUCUGAGACUGAAUCAAAACCAAGGACAGAACAACUGUGGCGACCCGUUCAAAGACGAAAACCUUGUCGUCCUCAACGGGACCAAGGAAGAGGUGGGAAAACUGAGGGAGAAAAUGGAGGAGAAGAGGGCCAAGGCGAAGGCAACAAAGAAACCAAAGAAGAACAAAGUUGCAGAGACUGUUGCCAAGCCAUCUGACUCAAAAGAAAAUCCAGAGUCCACUGAAACUGUUUCUUCAGAGGGCCAAACUUCAACACAAAAUGGUGGAGACAACAGCCAGCCAGCAGUCCCUGAACCCCCUGCUUCUUCCAGCACCAAGGUGGUUACACCCUCGGCGGCAACCGGAAGCAAGAGGUCCAUCCAGACCAUGGAAGAGAAGUCGGAGACCUACAAAUCUCUCUUCACCAGCCACAGUUCAGCCAAACGCACCAAAGACCAGACGUCUAACUGGGUCACCCACACCCCCUACCAUUUCUAAAUUACUUCACCUCCCCUAGAUCACCACCAAGUGGUCAUGGCAGGCAACACACAACCAGAUUGUGUAUUUGAAGGGUAUCUAUAAAAGGUUAUUAAUAACACAUUCAUAACCCAUACUUAACACAUUCAUAAGAAGUACGUGAGCAUUUCAUAAAUGCUUAUGUCAACAACCGCAAGUUGAUAAUUCACAUUUCUGCAUUUCUGUGACGAAGGCAAUAUCAACUUGCUACUAUGAGGGUUAUGAAGCUUAUGUCGGCAUCCUUCAAGUAAAGUCUUAAGGAAGUUGACAUAUUUCUUAUAGGUAUUCUUGGCUCAGGCUAAUGAAUCAAUAGCCUAUAGGAAGCACUAUUAAUGCUCCUUUUUCUAGGAAUGGCUGUAUUAUAUGUAGGUCUUAUCUAGGUAUGGAUAGGUGUAGAUUUGGCAAGUCAUUAUGGUUUGCUAUGCAAUAUGACAUAAAUGUUUUGAAAAUAUAUCACAAGGGCAUAGUUUAUUUUUUUUUGUAUAGGAAGUGGAAUAGUGAGUGUUUUUGUAGUGUUCAUUCAAAACAUGCUUUCAAUAAGCUCAUUACUUAUGUCUAUACUCAAUUUGAAUGUUUCCUCCAAAUAGCUUGUCACCCACCACCCAUCAAAAUAUAGAUGGGAGAAAAGAAGUUUUUAUUCACAUGUGCAUAUUUCAUUUUUAUUUAAAUAUUUACCUUUUGAUAUAAUUUUUCCCACUUUGUUUGGGUUGAACAAACAUAUGUCAAAAUAAAGACUAUGUCCUUUUACUUACAAAA